CCCUGGACGCUGACGACGCCGAAGCCCUCUAUUCACCCAUGUCUCGCGCAGCCAUCCUCUUCGCGCUCGUCGCAACCUCCACCACGGCCGCUCCGACCGUCAACGCGCCGGAUGAGAAGGGCUUCUCCUUUGGCUCAGGCAAUAGCAUCGGCGUUGGCGUAAACGUCUUCACGAUAUCGACCAGCGCCUUCAUCGACGCGUGCUGUGACGUCGAGCCUUUUGCGCGCUCCAUCGUUGGCAAACAGCUGUGCGGCUGUGAUGCAAACAGCUGCGAACAAACGGCUCGCCACGCCAUCAACAUCCUCUCCAACAACGAGCUCGGCGUGGAGACCAACGUAUUCGCCAUCUGGUGGUCCAAGGUCGUGUGCGCCGUGAGGCCUGGAUCGAACGACUGCGAGACGGCUGCAGAGGACGCGGUGACGGCGACGGCGGCGGACAGUGGCCAGAUCACCUUCAACUUCCUCUCCAACAACAAGCUCGGCAUCGGAGCCAACGUCUUCACGGCCGCGGUCGAGUCCUUUGUGCAAGCCUGCUGCGACGCCGGUCUCUGCCCCGAGGAGUCGCCCUCAGUGCCGCCGCCGUCGCCACCGCCGGCGGGAGAGGCGCCGUACGACCCUCCGUAGGGCCCCUUUCUGCCCGCAGCGCUGCCAGCGGGGGCGGACUACGGGCAUCGCUUAUUACUCCGUGCUGAAGAAGCUCCCACAGCAGUGUCGCUGCGAUACUGUGUCCCAGCACACCGUGGCGCCGGUCACAAGCGCGCGGCGCUCAGAACAGACGACUCUCUACUGUAUAUUAGAUCGUCGGUGUUCACUAUCAGAGCCCCCCGGGCCCCGGCGCGCACGGCCGCACGCGCGACGAUGUGUCAUUUAAGUUUCUGCAUCACCGUCAAUUACGUAC